GCUGACUCCAACCUCUGCGCGCGUAGCCGUCGCUUCCGCCGCCUCCGCUCCUGCCGCCGCUCUCCCGCCCCGACCCGCAGCCGCGAUGCUGGCGCUGCGCUGCGGUCCCCGCCUGCUCGGCCUGCUCCCUUUCCCGCGCUCCACGCCGCUGCGCCUCCCCGCGGCCCGUGCCUGCAGCAGCAGCAGCAGCGGCGGCGGCUCCCGCGACUCGUCCUCUUCCUCCCGGAACCCGCUCGUGUACCUGGACGUGGGCGCCGACGGGCAGCCGCUCGGUCGCGUGGUGCUGGAGUUGAAGGCAGAUGUCGUCCCAAAAACAGCAGAGAACUUUAGAGCCCUGUGUACCGGGGAGAAGGGCUUCGGCUACAAAGGCUCUACUUUCCACAGAGUGAUUCCAUCCUUCAUGUGUCAGGCAGGAGACUUCACCAACCACAAUGGCACCGGGGGCAAGUCCAUUUAUGGAAGCCGCUUUCCUGAUGAGAACUUCACACUGAAGCAUGUGGGACCAGGUGUCCUGUCCAUGGCGAACGCAGGCCCCAACACCAACGGCUCCCAGUUCUUCAUCUGCACCAUAAAGACAGACUGGUUGGACGGCAAACAUGUCGUGUUUGGCCACGUCAAAGAGGGAAUGGAUGUCGUGAAGAAAAUAGAAUCUUUCGGUUCCAGGAGUGGGAAAACGUCCAAGAAGAUCGUCAUCACAGACUGCGGCCAACUGAGCUAACUGGCCACGGCCACGGGGCACUAGGCCGGUAGUAGCUGCACUCAUGUUGACUAACGUAGGCGGCCACCUCAGGCGCCAGCAGCGGUGCCCCGUCCGGGUGCCUGUGCGCCUUCCACCAUCACUAUGUGCUGGAGCGAGACCUCUCCUGAGCGUCAGAUCUCUACCAGGCCCGCCAUGCUGCUUCCCCAGCAUCCGUCCUCCCUCACCGCCCCAUUUCUAGACACCCAUCAUGGAUGUGAUAUCACCACUCCUCAUCUGGCCGGCCCAAGGUCACCCGUGCCUUGGACAUUGGGGUGGUAAUGGCUUAGCUUCAGGGACAGGUUGCUGCCCUUUCCUCAACUGAGGGGGGAAGGCCAGCUGUUGCAAAAGGGCCAUUAUAUCUCUUCUAAUUGAAAUAAUUUAAUUAACAAGAUUGCCUAGAGACGAAGCUGUGACACUAACUGCCCUGUGCUGUGGCAGGACCCCAGUUGGUGGCUGAAGCCACGGAACCCCAGAGCUUGGCCUUUGGAACACGAUUGGGGCUUUAGUGAAGGGGCCACAGCCACAGCACUUAUCCCAGCCACUGUGAAUCCUUUUGGUUUGCUGCUGUGGUUUUGAGGGGAGACCGUGGGGGCAGAUGCAGACGAACCUGGGAAUAAACCCACCAUGAACUGUGCCCAGUCCGUGAGUUGGUGAAGAAUGGAAGUGGCCCGGACAUGUCUUUUCUGGAGGGCUUUGAUUUUUCUGUGGUUAAUAAAUCUACUGAUUUUGUAUGUAAUACACUUGUGGGACAUUUAUUUGUGUUCACUUGAAAAAAUGUGAAAAUAAAUCCUAUUUUCUGUAGAA